UAAAGUAAAUAUUUCUACACCUAACAAAGUUCCAUGAUACCAUACUUCAUCGUCCCCCAAUUCAAAAUAAAGGUUUCUUUACCACUUUUGAGUACAAUUAAUCGGCUUACUCGUACCAUAAAGCAAAAUUCAAAAAAUUCAAAGGUUGAUGAAUACUUCCUUUUUUCUUUGGGUUUCAAUUUUCAAACAUAUCAAGGAGAAAGAAAAAUUGCGGUCGUUGGCAUUACAAGUACUUUGGAUGUUGUCUUUGAGUUUUGGUCUUCCAAGUUCUGACACAAACGCAAGACAUUUCACUUUUUACCCGAACAUAAAUUACAAAACCUGACACCCUAUCACGUGAUUUUCCUUGUGCUCUCUCUUUCUCUUUCUCUAUGUCUUUCUCUUUCAUGUUUCUUUCUUUAAUUUCUCUUAAACCACGCGUCUUUUCUCUUUGAUCACUUCCCCCUAGUAGCCUGUUCUCUUGCAUUUGUUUUAUUUCAUUUCUGCCUGGAUUCUGGCUCUUGCAGAUCUGCCAGCCGCUGCAGGGCAAGAAAUGGGGUUCAUCUCCAGGAAGAUCUUCCCAGCUUGUGGAAGCAUGUGUGUGUGUUGUCCAGCUUUGAGGUCAAGAUCUCGACAACCUGUUAAGCGUUACAAGAAAUUAUUGUCUGAAAUAUUCCCCAAGUCUCCUGAUGCUCCUCCCAAUGAAAGGAAAAUUGCCAAGCUAUGUGAAUAUGCUGCCAAAAAUCCUUUCCGAAUUCCCAAGAUUGCCAAGUACCUUGAAGAAAGAUGCUACAAAGAGCUGCGCCAUGAGCACAUUAAAUACAUCAAUGUUGUUACAGAGGCUUACAACAAGUUGCUUUGCAUGUGCAAAGAACAGAUGGCAUAUUUUGCUGUUAACUUGCUGAAUGUUGUUAUCGAACUGCUCGAUAACUCUAAGCAAGAUGCCAUGCGGAUCCUUGGAUGCCAAACUUUCACUAGGUUUAUCUAUAGUCAGGCUGAUGGAACUUACAUUCAUAACAUAGAAAAAUUUGUUCAUAAAGUGUGUAAGUUGGCAUGUGAGGAUGGGGAAGAACAUCAAAGACGUUGCUUAAGGGCAUCUAGCUUGCAGUGCCUUUCUGCCAUGGUCUGGUUCAUGGCACAAUAUUCAUAUAUUUUUGCUGCUCUUGAUGAGAUGGUACAUGCCACUUUAGAUAACUAUGAGCUAGACACACAUCGUGAAGAUGAUAAUGAGAGAGAACCCCAUCAUAAUUGGGUGGAUGAAGUGGUUCGAUGUGAGGGUAGAGGUGCAACUGUUGCCUGUGAUGCCGGCCCUAGCAACAUGAUUAUCAGGCCUCAACCAGAGAAGAAGGAUCCCUCUCUUUUGACAAGGGAAGAGAUUGAGACACCUAAAGUUUGGGCUCAAAUUUGUAUCCAAAGGAUGGUUGAGCUGGCAAAGGAGAGUACAACAUUGCGCCAAGUACUGGAUCCAAUGUUUGUGUACUUUGAUUCUAGACAGCACUGGGUUCCUCAUCAGGGGUUGGCUAUGGUGGUUUUGUCUGAUAUGUCCUACUGGGAGGCUUCAGGGAAUCGACAACUGAUUUUAGCUGCUGUUGUACGUCAUCUAGACCACAAAAAUGUGGCACACGAUCCUCAACUAAAAUCUUACAUCAUACAAGUUGCAGCUGCUUUAGCUAGGCAAAUUAGAUCUAGAGGGGUGCUGGGUGAAAUUGGCUUUGUUAGUGACCUGUGCAGGCAUCUGAGGAAAAGUUUCCAAGCCACUCUUGAAUCAGUAGGAGAGCAGGAGUCUAACCUAAAUAUCUUGCUUCAAAAUUCCAUUGAAGAUUGCUUGCUGGAAAUAGCAAAAGGGAUUGAUGAUGCACGACCCCUGUUCAACAUGAUGGCAAUAUCACUGGAGAAGUUGCCUUCUUCUGGAUUUGUUGCACGAGCAACGAUUGGAUCAUUGAUGGUCCUUGCUCAUAUGAUUUCAUUAGCAUUAGUCUCCUCUUGCUCACAACAGGUGUUUCCGGAAGCACUUCUUGUCCAACUGCUGAAAGCAAUGUUGCAUCCCAUUGUUGAGGCCCGUGUUGGAGCACACCAGAUAUUUUCAGCUCUUCUUAUUCCAAGUUCUAAUCGUCCUCGACAUGAAGUUGCAUCUCUGCGUUCUGGUUAUGUCUGUGAACCAAGAAGAUGGCAUUCCAACAAUGCUUCUGCAUUUGCGUCCAUAUCAGCGCUACUUGAAAAGCUCCGAAGAGAAAAGGAUGGCAUCAACAUGGAAAAGAAUGGUUAUAAUGUUCAUGAUGAUUUAAAAGGGAAGGACAAUGUGGAAGAGGACCGGAAGCAGGGGCAUAUCCUCAAAAGUUCCCCUAACAUCUACAAUAUAACCUCUAUUAUUGACAGAACAGCUGCAUCAAACAUGGUUGAGGCAGAACCAUAUAUCAUGAAGCUAACAGAGGAUCAGACAAUGCAAUUAUUGUCGGCCUUCUGGAUUCAGGCUACUCUUCCUGAUAAUUUGCCUUCAAACAUAGAAGCAAUAGCUCACUCUUUUGCAUUGACAAUAAUUUCUUUACGCUUGAAGAACAUUAAUGACAACCUUGUGGUCCGCUUCUUCCAGCUUCCCUUGUCUCUAAAGAAUAUCUCCUUGGACCCUAGCUAUGGGAUGGUAACUCCAGCAUUACAGAGAUCAAUUCUUGUCCUGUCAAUGGGCAUGCUGAUGUUUGCAGCUAAGAUGUAUCAAAUUCCUGAUCUAAAUGAUCUUAUUAAGUCCAUAGUUCCCUUUGACGCUGAUCCUCAUCUGGGCAUCAGUGAAGACCUUCAAGUGUUUGUAAGGCCUUUGGCAGAUGUCAGAGGUUAUGGAUCUGUUACUGAUAACCAACUGGCCUCUUCUUUGCUAUUGGAGUUGCGGGAUAAAAUAUAUGAAUCCAACAAUGUCAUGAUAGAUAUCUUGGUUCAGAAUUUAUCUACGAUUACUGAGCUGGAGAUAGAUGAUCUUACAAAGCAGCUGCUGGAACCAUUCACACCUGAUGAUGCAUUCAUGUUUGGCCCACAAUCUAUACUUGACUUGGACCACAAUCAAAUGAUUUCCCAUUCCAAAGAAUCACUUUCCUUUGAUGAGCAGGAUGUCCAAACAAGCUCAUUGCUUGAGGAUGAUGCACGAAGUGAAGCAUCUGUUCUUGACCUUUCCCGCUUCAUUCCCAAAGUGCCAGCAUCCCCUAUUGUCUCUCACGUUAUUAGCAUCGGACAGCUCCUGGAAUCGGCACUUGAGGUAGCUGGUCAAGUUGCAGCAACAUCUGUCUCUACGUCACCCCUUCCAUAUGAUACCAUGGCUAGCCAAUGUGAAGCAUUUGGCACAGGUACAAGGAAGAAGCUAUCGAAUUGGUUGACCAAUGAAAAGCAUCAACAUGGAGCUACUGAUAAGUUUUUACCAACUGCUCCUGCUGAUAGACACAUGAUGCUUAGGAAGAUAACAAGCGACGAUGCUGCUUCUAAUGGAGCUGUCUCGAGACUAGACCCAUGUUUGGCAAUGAGGUUACCUCCUGCUAGCCCUUUUGAUAACUUCCUUAAAGCAGCAGGGUGUUAAAGAAGGCUCAUGAUAUCGUUCGUAGUUGUUAUGUUGUAAAGUUGUAGGAAGUGACUGGAAUGUUGUGUUGUAAGUUGUACCCCUUAGGUUUGAAAUUAACUGACAAUAUGAGGCUUGGGGGCUUCACCUUGCUCUUCAAAGAGCUAGUUUUAGACAUGGGCAUAUAAGAUCAAAUUUAUUCUCAUUUUCUUUGAUCAAUCGUUCCAAAUUAAACGUUCUCGAACCCAAAUACAAAAUCUCAAUCUCUCUCGGGUCCAAGUCCAAGACCUUUUUUUUCGUGGAUGGUCCAUGGUAAGUUGGGUUGUUUGGAUGGACCAUUAUAGUCGUGAGUAACAGUGGACCAUAUUAUCAAAGUUAUCCUCAUGAAAAUUUACUGCCCAGAGAGAGAAAAAGGAUCCAAAACUAACAGGAGACAUUUCACCACCAGUUCAUGAGAGCAG